UUUCUAGUGCACAUUUUCCAAGUUGAACACAGCUCACCAAUGCUUGUGCUAAAGUAUGUGCUCAUAUGCAUAAGUAGGUUCCUCAUCAGAUCAGAAGCUAGUUUAUGUGAAGCAGCCACUCAAGCUAAGAUAGCUUUUCUAUGUGGUGCUAGCUGAGGACGUCAUACUGGAGAAAAACCUAUGUACAUCACUAUACAUAGCUCUUCUCUGCAUAUUGAGUUAAGAUGUUGAUUGAAUGAAUUUUUUUUUUUUUAUAAUUUGGUUUAGAUGAACUGCUAGUUAGAAUGAGACAAAGUGAUGCUCUAGAUUUCCUCUAUUUGGAGCAACAAACAAUAGAAACUUACUUUUCAUUUGCAGUUGGUUGUUGUCUGUAUAGUAUGAUGUCUCCUUCUUGGCAUAAGUAUUCUUGCCAUAAGUAAAGACAUUCAGAAGAAACACAUAUGAGCUUAUGUUUGUUCUUCUCGGUUUUAGCGUGUCAGCUUGUUUUUUUCCCACGGUGCCACCUAAGUAAGACGAUUCUUAGAUAGCAAUAUUCAUUAUUUAUGAACUGGGGUUCCUACAUAUUACUUCCACGCGUACAAGCGUGCCUAUGGCUAAAAGCCACACUCCCAUUCAUUGAAUGAUGGAUUCUCCCAAAUCAACUGAGGCCUGUGCUAAGAAAGAUUCUCAUGCAACUGCCCAGGAAGAGAAAACUUUAGAGAAACUAGCCCGAGCUCAGUGGCUUCGAGCAGCUAUCCUUGGAGCAAACGAUGGAUUGCUUUCCACCACGUCCUUGAUGCUUGGUGUGGGUGCAGCUAAAGAUCAAGAUCAACAGUCUAUGGUACUUUCUGGAAUAGCUGGAGCUCUUGCAGGUGCCUGUAGCAUGGCUGUCGGAGAGUUUGUCUCUGUUUCAACUCAACGAGACAUUGCAAAGUCCAUUGCUUACGAGUUAAAAGGAAGCAGUCCAACUAACACUGCAGAAACCAAGCAAGGUGAAGUCCCUCAUGACAUGGCCUUUCACAGUAUAUUAGCCACUUCAACACAAGGCGGAAAACUUCUAUAUGAAUCACCUGUACAUAUACAGUCCAACUCUUUCACACCUGCAAGAUCUCCACUUACAAAAGUUAUGGAAAUGGAUGCAAGAAGAACCAUGAUGGAGGAAUCAAAACUGGACAAUGACAUAAAGUUAGAGCCACUGCCUAGUCCAUUGAAGGCUGCUGCAGCGUCGUCUCUGGCUUUUCUCUUUGGAGCCUUUGUUCCUAUGAUGCCAGCUCUAUUAGUGAGUGACAACAGAAUCAGGAUUUUUUUGAUGGUGCUUGUAGCAUCAUUAGCUCUGUGUUUAUUUGGUGGAAUUGGAGCUCAUCUUGGUGGUUCAUCAGUGAAAAUAUCUGCUAUAAGAGUUUUACUUGGAGGGUGGAUUUCAAUGGCUCUCACAUAUGGUUUACUUAAGCCCUUUGACAAUGAUUCAAAGAGAGAUUAUGAUGAUUAGUGGAAUAGAUGUUUAGAUACUUGGUUUAAGUAGAAAAAAAAAUACUAGUAUUUUAGCUUUUGGUGCAAAAAAAAAAAAGAAGAAGUGGAAGUUGCGGUUGUGUUUAAACAUACACUUCACUUGUGUAAAAGAUUUAAAGCGAAAUAUAACAUGAAAAAUUGGUUACGGAGAAAA